CCGGCGGGCGGGCGAGCAGGGAGCUCUCUGCGGGCUCAGUGCUGAUCCGCCGGCAGGCAGCCGGGCAUGCGAAGCGAUGGCCGCUGGCGGCUCUGAGGAGAAGACCUACCGCCGCUUCCUGGAGCUCUUCCUGGGCGAGUUCCGAGGGCCCUUCGGGGCAGAGCCAGCCCCCUCGCCCCCCGCCGCCGGGGCAGAAGGGGAAGGGGCAGCCGCUGGGGAGGCGGAGGAGAGCGACGCCGCGGACCCCCAGCCCCCCACCCCUCCGCCACCGCUGCCGCCGCUGCCUCGGCCGCUCUCCGAGCACAUCAUCGAGGAGGAGGUGGAGGGAGAGUGCCUGGACCUCUGCCUGCAGCAGCUCUACAAGUAUAAUUGCCCUUCAUUUUUGGCUGCUGCUUUAGCCAGAGCAACAUCAGAUGAAGUCCUUCAGAGUGAUCUUUCAGUGCACUACUUACCAAAGCAUGUGGAUAGUACAGAAGGCAUCAUACAGAUUGAGACAGUGAAGCUAGCCCGCUCAGUUUUCAGCAAACUCCACGAGAUCUGCAGCAGCUGGGUGAAAGACUUUCCACUGCAAAGGAGGCCCUACCGCUAUUAUGAGACAUCCAUCCAUGCCAUCAAAAACAUGCGCAGGAAGAUGGAAGACAAGCAUGUCUGCAUUCCUGACUUCAACAUGCUCUUCAACCUUGAGGACCAAGAGGAGCAAGCAUAUUUUGCAGUAUUUGAUGGUCAUGGAGGGGUGGAUGCUGCCAUCUAUGCCUCCAUCCAUCUCCAUGUGAAUUUGGUACAUCAGGAGAUGUUUCAACAUGACCCAGCGGAGGCACUUUGUAGAGCAUUCCGGGUGACAGAUGAACGCUUUGUUCAGAAAGCAGCCAGAGAGAGCCUACGGUGUGGCACCACUGGUGUGGUAACAUUCAUCCGAGGAAAUAUGCUGCAUGUAGCUUGGCUUGGUGACUCCCAGGUGAUGCUUGUGAGACAGGGCCAAGCUGUGGAACUAAUGAAGCCUCAUAAACCGGAUAGAGAGGAUGAGAAGAAGCGUAUUGAGGCCCUUGGAGGCUGCGUGGUCUGGUUUGGGGCCUGGAGAGUGAAUGGGAGUUUGUCCGUCUCCAGAUCUAUUGGGGAUGCUGAGCACAAGCCAUAUAUUUGUGGAGAUGCAGACUCCGCCUCCACUGUACUGGAUGGGUCUGAAGACUACCUCAUUUUAGCCUGCGAUGGCUUCUAUGACACAGUAAAUCCUGAUGAGGCAGUGAAGGUGGUGGCUGACCACCUGAAGGAGAAUAAUGGAGAUAGCAGCAUGGUGGCACACAAAUUAGUGGCAUCAGCACGGGAUGCUGGCUCCAGCGACAACAUCACUGUCAUUGUGGUAUUUCUCAGGGACAUGAAUACAGCAGUAAAUGUUAGUGAGGACUCAGACUGGACAGAGAACUCUUUUCAAGGAGGACAAGAAGAUAGUGGGGAAGAUAAAGAAAACCAUGGAGAUUGCAAACGGCCAUGGCCUCAACACCAGUGCUCAGCGCCUGCAGAUCUAGGGUAUGAUGGGCGAGUGGAUUCCUUCACUGAUAGAACUAGCUUGAGCAUAGGGUCCAAAAUUAACCUGUUUGAAGACCAACGCUAUUUAGACCUGAUGAAAACAGAAGCAAGCCAACCUCAGAAUGCCAAACAUUUGUUACCAGUUCAAGUGUUUAGCCCUGGCCUACCAAAGGGAGUCAAUAUGGUUAACGGCUCAACUGUAAAGAAUGAAUCUCCAAAAAGCACCGCAUCUUCAGUGUCUGGACUGACAAAUCCAAGGGGAUAUUCUGCUUCUCUCAGUUUGAGUUCCACAGGGCAGCACAUUUACAAAAUGGAGGGUUUAUCUCCACACUUUUCUGGAUUGGAAAAGGAACAAUUCAGAUCCUUGGGGAAAAGAGUCUCUGCUUUCUCUCAUUUCCACUUCUAUAAUGCAAAGAGGCGAUGUGGAGCCAGGCUCAAACCAAAGUUUCACACACAUCUCUUUGCUCACAAACCUUCCCAUAUGGAAGGAUUAGGUCCAUCCUUACCUGUCCGAAGUGGCAGUAAAAUUAGGAUGUUGGUAAGAAGUUCUCUGUGGUGGAGGAUGAAUAGUCACAAAGUUUAUGGUGAGAAUAUGCUCUUGAGUCGAAGACAGAGUAAUUGUACACCAGAUCCAUACCUUUAUCAGAGCUGCAAAAUAUAACCAUCCUCCUUGUAUCCCCCCUUUAGGCAACUAGUUUAGUCAAUCCCAGAAUAAAAAUGGCAUCAAAAGGUGAGCAUUUCAGAACUGUUAUGGUUCCCUGUAAAACUCAGCUCAGAUGUAAAUAGACCAAGGAAUUAAAAAAAAUAGUUUGUCACAAUAAAACUGCUGGUGGUGCCACUCUAAGUACACCCCCACAAACACAUGCACGUAAGUAUCUAUAUUCUCAUUCACUAGACAAGCUGGUUAGUUGGCUCAGGUGAAUAGACACAGUUAGAAACCAUUGAAAAAAAUGCAGCUGAGAAUAAAGUUGAACCUGCCUGAGAUACGUCUAUGGAGCAAUAUUUUUAGAAAGCUAUCCUGUUUUAGAAUGCCGAAUUUUGUAAAGGGUGGGGGGAGAGUUUCCAUAGAAGUCCAGGUGGUGUUUUUUUCUUAUUUUCCUUUGUUUUAGACUAAUAUUAAGAGAAAUCUAUAGAAAACCAUCCACUUUGCAGGUAAAAGACUAAAAGCCAUACAGGGUAUUAACAGGUAAUUUAGGAAUGGAGAGACUCAUGCUGUAAAAUCUACUCUGUUCUCAGACUCAGAUUAAGGUACAUACAAUUAAUUUAGCUAUUAUUUCCUGUAACAUAUAAUGUGGAAUAUGAAAAAAAGUGUUUUUGUAUUUUUUAAAAAAAUAUUCCCCGUGGCUAGAUAUAUAGUAUGUGGGGAUUUCAUAAUUUUUUGGUGCUUUUAGUGGCAUUUUUAUUUGUCAGUUUAGGAGGCUGUUGUCAACUGGCUUUAAUCUAACAGAACUGUGGUUAAUUGCUAGGAGAACAUCAUCACACCUUCAUCUCAGGUGUUGAAAGAAACUGAAUCUGAGAUGCUGUCCAGGUACAAUAUGCUGUCACUAAACUGAUCAAACUGUAGAACUACUUGUUAAGAAUAAUAAACAAUUUGAUCAGGAUUUUGUUUUAGGUUAGUUUCUAGACUGCAAGGGCAUAAUUUAAAAUAAAGUGGAAGUUUUUAGGGAUGAUAAUAUGCUGGAGUGAGUGUGACACUACUACUGAAUUCUUGUUAUUCCCGAUAGAUUCAGAAAAUGGAUGUGAGACUGCUAUAUUAACCCGAAGUGAAUGGAAAUGCUGUGGAUGUAGAUGAUUGAGGGUGGUUGCUUUGCUUAGCUGAGAUCAUAAAACGCACUGACAAUCCCAGAGCUCUGCUCCAACAAAUUUAGAUUUGCAGAGAAAGAUGAAAAAUGUGGGUUGCCCAUUUGCUUAUCCCAUUAUUUAAAAAAAACAAAAACCCAACUAAUCUAUCCUUGAGAUGAUGUCUUACUCUUAAAGGAAUAGUUAAUUAGAACACAAAAGUAAUUUAAAACUGUUCCAGUUGAAUGUAUCAGACAACAUAUUAGGCCUCCUGCCACGAUUAUUUGCCACAAUAACUAAGUAUGGGAAUACUCAUUUGGCACUGGUAUGAAUAUAAAAUGUAAUUCUCCAACGGCAUUUAAUUUUAGCAUGAUUUAAUAUACCACUCAGUCUUAGCAGUAACACUUUAAAAAUCAGCCUUACAGUUAGCUAGAAUUUGUUAAAAUAUUUAAAUAAGUAGUCAGGAGAGUCUAAAUUAUUUGAAACCAUAAGACUUGAACUUUACUGAUCUCAGCUUGCUCUUUGAGUCAGUCUUUUAAAAGUCGUUUGAUGAAAUAGUAAAAGGCUGUAAGCAAACAGGAGUUGAAGUGUGGUUUUAGAUUCCUGUAAUUAUUUUGCAGUUUUUUUAAACCACAAAUAUAAUUGAGUCAUUGGUUCUUACAUCUGUCAUCUUACAAAGCCUUAGAUGUUGUUAACAUUCUCUUCAGAUGUAUUGUAUGUUUCUAAUCAAAUUUACUAAGGAAAUUGAGAAACCACCGAAUACUAAAGUAUGCAAUUUUGGGCAUCUUGCUGUUGCCUUUUCAUUGUUUAAACUUCUCACACUAAUAGAGAAGAUGCAUUGAAAGUCUCUUCUGUUUGAUAGUUGUACUUUUACUGGAAGGUGAUGUAAGUGCAAUUCUUUGUCUAAGUAAAUAUGUCAAGAUAAAGUUAUGGAUGAUAGAACUCCCCAAUGUGCAAGACUGGUUGAAAAAUACUGGAGUGAGUGUAUGCUCUCUUGUCAAGAGUGUAGUUCUUUAGGUGUGGAUUCAUAAAUGAUCAUUCUGCUUCUCAGACCAUUUAGGAGGGAAAUUGCCAUCACAGUUCCUGCGUGGUCCAGUGCAAAAUAUUGUAUAAAUAGCAAGUGUUCAUUUUUUCACUAUAUUCAUGUAGAGUAGAUAGGAACCAUUUGUAAGGUAAGUCUUUUAAACUUCUAUAAUACAUAUAAAAGUAGUGGUUAUUGGUCUGAUAUAUGCUGCUCUUGAUUCUACACACUAGACAAAAGAGCAGUGCUUUGUGAAAUGCAAUGUUUUCUCUUAAUGCCACUGGUGAUAGGAAGUAGUUCUCUUCAGUUCAAAAUCCUGUGCCCUUAUUUGCUGCUUGCUAAUGUAAGCAAUAAGUUCCCCUCUAACUAAUGGUAUUUAAAUGUUCUGUAUCUUGUAUUUUGGUCGUCUAUCUGGUGAUAAUGUAAAAAAAAAAAAAAUUAGACAAAUAUAAAAGUAUCUCUAUAAAUGUAUUUAUUAACUGUUAAUUCUAAGAUUCAGUCUGACACUUGUGUUUUGUAACUUUAUUGUGUAUCUUAGUAGUGGUGAAAUUUGUAUAACCUUUCCAAUAAAGAGCUGAAGUAUCCCUUUUUCAAG